AUGGGUAUUACUUGGGGAAAACCUCUUGGAAAGCCAAAGCCCUAUACCUUCAAUACAUACUUUUUUCACGCAGACCAGCCUUUCCUUACAGGAGGAAUUAAAGCGAUUUGGGAGAGUAAGGAAGUCACAGUUUCAAUUCCGCCGAAUCCUGAAGAUGCAUUAUGCGAAGAUCACUUUAUAAAUACAUGCACUCGCGAUCUUCAGGGUAGAUUCGUUAUUUCAUUUCCGUUCCGUUCUGACCAGCCGAUUGCCUUUGAUUCCACCAGAAAGAUAGCUCUACACAGAUUUAGAAAUCUGGAAAAUAGAUUUAGGAGAGAUCCGGAGUAUAAGACUGCCUAUGCUGCAAUAAUGGAUGAAAUGGAAGCUGUGAAAGGUGCUAGUAAUAUGGGCCGGGGGAAAGACAUUGCCAACAUUGUCGAGGCGGAAAAGAAAACGGCCCAGAUAGACGAGACUGCUAACGUCGAAGAGGAACCAAAAUCUGAGGAUGAAGAACAAGGCGAAAAUUGGAGGGCACCAGUUGUUCCCCUACAUCUUUGA